ACAGCCGCUCGGGCUGCAUGUACUCGCUGGGAGCGGGGGUCACAGCCGCUGCUCUUUUCGCCACGGCCUUCUGUUUGAUUCAGAGCGCUCAGACGGAGUCGCUGGCAACGCUCUGGGCUUUGGCUCUGGGCUGCUCUUCUGCGCUCUCUUUG